AUGGUUCUUAUCAAGGAGGUGGCUCUGGACCUGACAAACUUUGUUUUGUCCAACGUGAACGAUGCCAUAUCGUUCAAGCCGCAACUAUGCUACCAAGUGCCUAGCCAAGAUUACGCUGAGCUAAGGGAACGUUACAUCGCCUUUACGGGUACAUCGAUGCGUAAGAACAAAUCUCGGCUUUACUUUUUGCCCACAAAUAUUACGGACGAGCUCCAACAGCUGAAUCCUUCUAUCCCAGAAUCAGCCAAGCAUGUACCGCGCGACGGUCAUGUCUACUACAAAAACCGCCUGAUCACGGAGCUGGACUACGAGAACGUCAAGCGUGUCGAACUUGCAUGCGCAUACAUCGCUUACGCGACUGUCAACAAAGCCGCUGGCAUUGAAGUGGAUGCUUCAGAGAUGGGCGACGAUACGGAGCGCAGCGAGUCUUACAACAGCGAUUUAAGUGCACCAGAGGAACCACAGGAUGGUAAUGGAGCUGGAGGUGCUCAGCAGACUGCAGAGUCCAAACUUUCUCCCGCUGACACUACAGAACAAGUACUACGGCGUGGUGGGGUCAUCGGCUUUCGAGAACUGGGAUACCUGGUCAAUAUAACGCCAUGGCAUUUCCACAGGGUAUUCAAAGUUAUAACGGGACUAACGAUUCGUGAAUAUGGUCAACUCUGCAGCGAGUUUGCUAAGAAAAACCGUGAUAUCAUGAACGCAUGCCACAAACGUGUGCAGGAACUGAAAGCUCAAGGCUUCUCGUAUCAUUGUUUUGCAGAUCCAGCUUUUCUAACAGAGGGGUCUCUGUGCUAUGAGCCAACCAAGAAUGUGGUUUUGUUACCACAAUACUUUAUUGAUCCAAACAAGUCUAAAGAACAUAAGAAGAAGCAAAAAGAGAAUAAAAUCUCAGAUGGCAAGUGCACGCAGCGCGUGGAGGCUCGUAAACGCAGAAGCUCGGUAAUGUCGGGACGGAUUCGCGCAGCCUCACAGUCAAGCCUCAAUUCAAAUAACUCUAUCCAGGACGUCCUGCAAGGGGAUGCAAGCCAUCCCUCGACGCCUCAGUUGAGCCCAUCUGAUAUGCAGAACUACUCGGUAUCAGCUUCUCCUGUCUCAGCGGUGGGCGAUGUCCAUGGCUUAAAUUCUUCACUCUUGAAGUCUUCGUUGGCUAGGUCAAGAAAAGGGAGCUUGGUCAACCUCGCCGCUUCGCAACCCGUUCCCGGAAAAGUGGGCAAGCCUCGGCUUUCUGUAGGGUCAAGUGGUACAAAGCAUCUGCGCCAUAUGAGUGAUCCCUCCAUUGCUAUUGUGCCAAAGGGUGGGACUCGUUUCCAAUCGCUCGAUGCCCUGGGUUACCGCGAAGAAGCGGCAAACUUUCCCUCUGAAAAAGUCUCUUCUCCGAAAGUCGAUUUCAAAUCUGACAUUUUUGGCAGAAACGAUCCUUUCACAGCCCCUACUACUUCCACGAAUGCUCAGAACCUCAAUCCAGCGGUGGAUUACAGCAAUACCAUGGAUGUCAAUCCUGCCAAAAGCCAAUUUUAUGACCUCAAUGUGUUGCAACCUCAGAAUUAUUUGAACACCGACGACUUUCAAAUGGAUCUCAACGACGGCAUAGCACCAAAUGCUUUGAAUUCCAAAGAUAAUGGAAUAUACUCCAUAGGGAUGCCGCACUCUUCCAAAGACCUAGAAUCUUCGAGCCAGAAUGUACCCAAAUCGAAUACGUCACCGUCGCGCGCAUUUUCCAUCGGCCAUUUCGAUGAUAUCUCUUUAGGGUCGAAUAUUAAUGAGAAUGAGGCAAUAAAUCAAACCUACGGUGAUUUUGAUCCCAAGGGAAUGAGCCAAGGUAACCUACAUGGCGGUGGCAGUUUCACUAACCUUAACGACCUUCCCUCAGCUUACUCGGAAGAGGAUCCGCUCGUGUCGUUAUUUGACCACGACCCCAACUCCGUUGCUGAGUGGCAGCGCGAUCAACACCCAAGUUACCAACAGGAACAACCGCCACAAGCAAUGGCCCCUCUACCUUCUGACCGUGCUGACCGGCCGCUCUCAACCAGUUAUUCGCGUAACAGGUUGAAUUCGGUGGUUCCAGACAUGGACGACCUUGAUCGUAUGUUUCUGUCCGGCCACUCAGGCAUGACGCCUCAUACGGGAGGCGAACUCGACCUUCGUCUCAACGGCCUAGGAGAAAGAAACCUGACGGCAACUUCUCAACCUUCAACCAGAGACAACACCAUGGGAACCACUGCUACCAACGACACUGCCGCCACCACCGAUACAAGUAUUUCUGUCGGUGAUUUUGACGUCAAGAACCCUCUGGCGUCUUACACAAAUCUGGGGUUCGAGGCCCUUAGCCCGUGUAUGUCUCCUACCGCGCUGGAUGCAGGGGUGGCCGCCUUUGACGUAAACGACAGUAACGACCUGAUCAACAAAGCUGCUUCUAUCGAGACAAUCAUGUCAGGCGACCGCGGCACCAACAACCAAUUCGGCUAUAACUCGAACCGAUGA